CCGCUAUUACAAUAUCCCUCUUCGUCGCCCUCCGCUUUUUACACCGCUCUGCUUGGCAGCAGCGUUGAAGAACUUUCACCAACAUGCAAAGCCCUUUGUGCCAUCCUCUAAGCAACUUUCUGAACGUGCACGUCGCGGCGCGGAAGCAGAGGGCCGCGGGCGGAAGGGCUCCUGGGAGGUCUCACGGCAGUGGCGUCGGGAAGAAUGCCUCGUGCUCGAAGGACUCCUGUUGUAUCGGUGCCGUAACGUCGUCAACAGCCGGCGGCACUGCUCCUCUUGGCCAAUGUCGGACCGAAAUCCCGAGCCGCGAGGUGCAAAAUCGCCAAUCUCUUGCCUGCCACCCUGAUGGAUAGGGGGAACCUAUUGACGUGUAUCGCUCUUCAAAGCAUGGCCUCUGCAGCUCCAUUCUUCUUCCUUUCUCAACCAUCACUUCAACUUUCCUCCACUCUGAGCUUACACUACCUCCUCAUCUUCAACUUGAUAUCAUGCGCUGGUCAACUCUCAAUGCAACCCUCUUGGCGGCGGCAGCGCUCUGCAUGUUGAGCGCGACGAAGACUCAUGCUCUUCACUGUGGCGUAAGGACCGGCGAUGGAACGUAUGCUAUUUGCCCGGAGGACUGUGACGUGGAUACGGACCAUCAGCCGGUUUGUAAAGAUGGAAUCGGAAAUUACCACCGAGGCUGGAAGGGUGAAGGUUGCUAUCUGAUCCGAGACCAGCCCGGCGAAGGCAACUCGAAGCAGGUGUGCCCCACCCACUGCUCACCUACGAACGGUCAUGCGGGCGCCGUCUGUGUUUGAGAGGCAUCAAAUCCAUUGCGACUGGACGCGGAUGGUGCAUCCUACGCUGAGAAUCUGUUUAUCUGGUCCGCUCUCGCAGGUUUGAAAAGGCCAUGCAAGACAGACAUGCCCCACGCUCUAUACUUUCAUUCAUUGCCAUCCUUGUGCCCAUGCCUUCUAUAGUAUCCUAUACUCCGCUAUCGACAACAUCACAUUUUUGCCACG